CUGGGCGGGGCCGCGGGCAGAGUGCAGUCUUCAAGGUAGAAGUGCACCUUGGCGCCUGCUGGUGUAAAGUUAGCGUGUGCGGGGCAUCGCCCGCAGCCUGGGUUGUGGGCUUUGGUUCUCCACCCUCCAUAAGUCAUCCUGCUGAAGGAGAAGACCCGUUGAUGUGGCUGUUCUCAGGGUAUUGCUUGUCGGGAUUUGUAAUGAGGGCGUUUAAAAAAUGAACGGAAAUGAGAUGGAAGCCGCGUCACUGCAGAGGAGAGUUCCUGCAUGGAUGUCUGUGCAGGAGAAAAGCUGCACUGCAGAGGAGCAGAAGGCCCACAUUCAGAAGAGUGUUCUUGAAGAUGAUCUUCCAUUCUUAGAAUUUCCUGGAUCCAUUGUGUACAGUUAUGAAUCUAGUGAUUGCUCUUUCCUAUCUCAGGAUAUUAGCAUGCGUCUGUCUGACAGAGGUGUGGUUGGAUUUGACAUGGAAUGGCCGCCCAUAUACAAACAAGGGAAGCAAAGCCGAGUUGCUGUGAUUCAGCUGUGUGUGUCUGAGAGCAAGUGUUACUUGUUUCACAUUUCUUCUAUGUCAGUUUUCCCCCAGGGAUUAAAAAUGCUGCUAGAAAAUAAAUCAAUUAAGAAGGCAGGCGUUGGAAUUGAAGGAGACCAGUGGAAACUUCUGCGUGAUUUUGACGUCAAAUUGGAGAGUUUUGUGGAGUUGACAGAUAUUGCCAAUGAAAAGCUGAGGUGUGCGGAGACUUGGAGCCUCAAUGGCAUGGUUAAACACAUUUUAGGAAAGCAGCUUCUGAAGGACAAGUCCAUCCGCUGUAGUAACUGGAACAAUUUCCCCCUCACUGACGACCAGAAACUGUAUGCAGCUACUGAUGCUUAUGCUGGUCUUAUCAUCUAUCAAAAAUUAGAAAAUUUGGGUGAUACUGUGCAAGUGUUUGCUCUAAACAAAGCAGAGGAAAGCCUGCCUAAUGAGAUGAAGAAAAAGCUGAACUCAAUCUCUGAAGAAAUGAGAGACCUGGCCACACAUUUUCCUGUCAACUGCAGAAACUUGGAGACUCUACAGAGGGUUCCUAUACUAUUGAAGAAUAUUUCAGAAAAUCUGUGUUCCUUGAGAAAGGUGCUAUUUGGCUCUGCAAACACCGACACUAAACUGAAGCAGGUCAGUGGUUCUAACCUAAAGUCAUCAGAGGAUUCGGCUGCUGUGGGAGAACAAGAGGAACAAAUUGGAGACCGUGGGACUUUUCAUAAAAUUAAAGAAGAGGCAUGGGAUCCAGAGUUUGAAAGUCUAGUGAAACACAGUGAAGUCGGUAUGCUUAGAAAUAAAGUGAAGCAAGAAGAAGGUGGCUUUGAAGAUGAAGCAGAAGAUAAGCUCCCGGAAGGUGAUAUGGAAAGAACUUGUUUGAUGGCAGAUACUUCAGAAUAUGAACUUCAAAUUUUGAAACAGCAGACUGAAGGAACAAAAUGUAAUGAUGUUCCUCACCAACCUUCUGAGCACUUAUCUCCCGCUGAUGAUGAAAAGGAUUCCUCUUAUGUAAUUGAAAGUGAUGAAGAUUUGGAAAUGGAGAUGCUUAAGUCUUUAGAAAACCUGAAUAGUGACAUGGUGGAGCCAACUCAUUCUAGAUGGUUGGAAAUGGAAAGCCAUCAGAGUCUUCCUCCCGAGGGGGAAGAUGAAGACAGGAGUGAAGUCAUCGAGGAGCAGUGGCAAGAGGAGGACCACUUAUUGCCGGAACCCAGUGCAAAGCAAAUUAAUUGCCUCAAGACCUACUUCGGCCAUUCCAGUUUUAAACCGGUUCAGUGGAAAGUCAUUCAUUCUGUAUUAGAAGAAAGAAGAGAUAAUGUUGUUGUCAUGGCAACUGGUUAUGGGAAGAGUUUAUGCUUCCAGUACCCACCUGUUUAUGCAGGCAAGAUUGGCAUUGUUAUUUCACCUCUUAUUUCUUUAAUGGAAGACCAAGUUCUCCAGCUUGAACUGUCCAACAUUUCAGCCUGUUUACUUGGAUCAGCACAAUCAAAAAAUGUUCUAGGAGAUAUUAAAUUAGGCAAAUACAGGAUCAUAUACAUGACUCCAGAAUUCUGUUCUGGUAACUUGGGCCUACUCCAGCAACUUGACUCUAAUACUGGAAUCACACUUAUUGCUGUGGAUGAGGCUCACUGUAUUUCUGAGUGGGGCCAUGACUUUAGAAGUUCAUUCAGGACCCUGGGGUCUCUUAAGACAGCGCUCCCACUGGUUCCAGUCAUUGCACUCUCUGCUACUGCAAGUUCUUCAAUCCGGGAAGAUAUCAUACAUUGCUUAAACUUGAAAAACCCUCAGAUCACCUGUACUGGAUUUGAUCGACCAAAUCUGUACUUAGAAGUUGGCCGAAAAACAGGGAAUAUCCUUCAGGAUCUAAAGCCAUUUCUUGUCCAAAAGUCAAGCCAUGCCUGGGAAUUUGAAGGUCCUACAAUCAUCUAUUGUCCUUCCAGAAAAAUGACAGAACAAGUAACUGCCGAACUUGGGAAGCUGAACUUAGCCUGCAGAGCAUACCAUGCAGGCUUGAACAUUAAUAAAAGGAAGGAUGUUCAUCAUUGGUUCCUUAGAGAUGAGAUUAAGUGUGUUGUCGCUACUAUAGCUUUCGGAAUGGGCAUUAAUAAAGCUGACAUUCGCAAAGUUAUUCAUUAUGGCGCUCCUAAGGAAAUGGAGUCCUAUUACCAGGAGAUCGGUAGAGCUGGCCGGGAUGGACUUCCGAGUUCCUGUCACGUACUCUGGGCUCCAGCAGACUUCAACUUAACUAGGCAUCAUCUUCUUGAGAUACACAACGAAAAGUUCCGAUUGUAUAAAUUAAAGAUGUUAGCGAAAAUGGAAAAAUAUCUUCAUUCCAGUCGAUGCAGGCGGCAAAUCAUCUUGUCCCACUUUGAGGACAAGCGACUGCAAAGGGCCUCCGUGGAUGUUCUGGGGACGGAGAAGUGCUGUGACAAUUGCAGGGCCAGAUUGAGUCAUUGCUAUCCCACUAACGACCCAGAUGACACAUUCCAAGACUUUGGUCCACAAGCAUUCCAGCUGCUCUCUGCUGUGGACAUCUUAGAGGAGAAGUUUGGAAUUGGGAUUCCUAUUUUGUUUCUUCGAGGAUCUAAUUCUCAGCGUCUUGCCGAUAAAUAUCGCCGUCAUAAGCUUUUUGGCGCUGGCAAAGACCGAGCAGAGAGCUGGUGGAAGGCCCUUUCUCACCAUCUCGUAGCUGAAGGAUUAUUGGUAGAAGUUCCCAAGCAAAACAAGUUUGUAAAGACUUGCUCCCUCACACAAAAGGGUAGAAAAUGGCUUUGCGAAGCCAGUACGCAGUCUCCUCCGAGUCUUCUCCUUCAGGCUAAUGAAGAGAUGUGUCCAAGGAAGGUUCGGCUGCCAAGUUCUACUCCUGUAUCUUCUGAUGUCAAGCCAAUUGGAUUAACUGCCGAGCAGUCUAAUUUGGAGAGAAUGUAUUCGUACAAAGCGUCUGAAAAAUCUUCUGGGAGUGACAUUCUUAAAAAAAGUGUCGGGACGCAAUCACCAGGAAAAUCUUCCAGCUCCUCAGAACCCAUCAUUUCAGCCCAAGAGCUGGAUACAAGGACUGUAUUAUAUGCCAAGUUGGUAGAAGCGAGACAGAAACAUGCUAAUAAAAUGGAUGUGCCUCCGGCUAUUCUGGCAACAAACAAGAUUCUACUAGAUAUGGCCAAAAUGAGACCAACUACUGGUGAAGAUGUGAAACAGAUCGAUGGGGUCUCGGAAGGCAAGGCUGCUCUCUUGGCCCCUCUGCUGGAAGUCAUCAAACAUUUCUGUCAAGUGAACAGUGUUCAGACAAACCUCUUUUCGAGUACAAAACCUCAAGAGGACCAGAAAAGUCAGGAAGUGAAAAAUGGAGAAUGCUCACUCCCCCAGUCUGUGGCUGUCACGUACGCUUUAUUCCAGGAAAAUAAAAUGUCCUUGCACAGCAUAGCUGAGAAUAGGCUUCUGCCUCUCACAGCAAUUGGCAUGCACUUAGCCCAGGCAGCGAAAGCUGGCUAUCCCCUGGAUAUGGAGCGAGCGGGCCUGACCCCAGAGGUUCAGAAGAUUAUUACUGAUGUUAUCCGAAACCCUCCCAUCAACUCAGAUAUGUAUAAAGUUAAACUCAUUAGAAUGUUAGUUCCUGAGAAUAUUGACACGUACCUUAUCCACAUGGUAAUUGAGAUCCUUGAGAGUGGGGACAGCAGAAGCCAGCCCUCCUGUGACCCCAACAGAAAGAGAUGUUUGCCCAGCUCCGAAGAGAGCAGUGUGAGCGUUAAGAAAAGCAAGGAUGUGGUCACCGAUACCAAGAUGUCAUCUGAAAUGUCAAAAAGAAAAUUACCUGACUGGUUUGCCAAAGGAAAUAUGUCCUCAGCUGAUACUGGCAGCUCAUCAAUGGCCAAGACGAAAAAGAAAGGUCUUUUUAGUUAAGAGACAGCUGCAGAACAACUUGUGUGUCCUGCUGUCCUUCAUCCUGUAAAGAAUACAAAGAAAUAUUUUAACUUUAAAAUUUCUUAAGGUUCAAAGUAAAACCCACUUAAGUAUCGAGCGUUGAGUCUUUAAUCACCUGUCCACAGUUGAGGUAAGGCAUCUGAAUCAUCAGAGACCCCGAGUACAAGCCGGAGUCUUAAUGUUGGUUUUCCUUCAGAACCCUUGCCUCCGUCUCACGGUACAGUCUCUCUACUCCCCCGGUAAUGGACUAGGGGAAUGUAGGCUGUGUCUCUGCCCUCGGAGCGGGCUAGUAGCUGUGUGCUGACUGAUAGGAAGCAGCCUUGAGUUGCCCAGAUGGUUUCCUGUGAAUGACGACAGCAGGCUGGUUUUACAGAUUACCUUUCCUUUCUGUGUGCGCUGCCAGACGAUGCCAGCGCCCCACACAUUGGCGAGUGUUGGAAGGGUUCCAGUUACAAAGGCAACUAAAUGCUAUGCAUUUUCCACACAAUGUGUAUUAUUUUUCAAGUAAAAUCAAUGUCCUCCAUACUGAAUAUUAAAUAUAUUUAAUUUUCAUUUAUUUAUUUACAAUGAGUACCUUCAAUGUUUGAAGAUGCCAAAAAUGAAUAUAUCUUAUGUUUCACAAAGAACUUAAAAAUUUAAAACUCAGCUCUGUUCGGGGUAAACUUUUGUUAUUUAACUUUAGGCAGUUUAGCAUAUAGCUUAUUUUUUUUUUAACCUUCGAUUAAUUUUUUUGUAAAUAGAAAUGGACUGUUAUUAAUACAGAAGAAAUACAUGCUUGAAAUGCAGAGUAGCUGGGGGAAAAGCCACCCAGGGUUCCACUGGGAGAUAAUCAAAGCCACUUUUUGUAACCUGCCAGAAUUUUAUAUAUGUAUUUUCUUAACCUAUUGUACCUAUAAUGUGUGGAUGAAUUUUAUCAUAAAACAUUCAGAUUAUACUUAAAUAUAAAAUCCCCAUGUUUUCAAUUUCCUGCUUCCCAUUACAGACAGUAGCUCCCAUUAAGUUUGCCAUGGAUAUUGUCUAGUUACUUCUAUAUGUCUGUGCCUUAACGUGUGCUUCCACAACAUAUGAGCUGGUGUUCUCUCUGACCUCAAACUUCAUGCUGGAUAUAGAGGCCGUCUCUAGGAAAACACCUGCUUAAUUAUUUGAAUUAUGUGUUGAAUUGGAUAGUUUUUUUAAAUGGAAAUGAAAAACAAAAUUUGCUGGCAAAAAUUUUAGACCUGGUUAUUUAGCAGAGUUUUCCUCAAGACUGAAUGAAGUUAGCCUAUUGCUUUAAAGAAAAUUACUUACUAGCAUUUAUUCUCAGUAAUAAAACUGAAAUUUCUAGUAGAUCUUACAAUCUUGGUGAACUCAAGUCCUUCACUGGGAACCUACCUGGGCAGCUUUCCUUGACCUGAAGACUUUUCUAAUGAGAUGGAUAAAAUAAACACUUGAUUUUUUUGAUGCUAUCUAAAGUUUUUUUCUAUAUCUGGAGCAUCUAAGUAAUCCAAGAAAUCCGUGUUUUAUGUAUGGAUGACAGACAUGCUGUAAUAUAGAGAUACAUUGUUUACCAGACCUGAUGGAGGCAGAAAAGGGACCAGCAAAUCUCAAUGUAACCAAGAAUGAAAAGAUGGCUGUAGAUUCCUAUUGCACAGCACGAAUAAUCAUUAAGAAACAUCUACAGUUUUGGUAUAGCUUCAAAGAAGAUUCUCUACUGUUAUUUGAAUAAAAUACCCUGUCUUUUCCAACCACAUAUUUGUGUGAACUCGGGAUUUCCUCACAUAGCUCAGGCAAAAUGCAAAGGCCAGGACCCCAGCCUCUUCUUCUAAGCUCAUCUACACAAUGAGAAAGUUUACAGAAAUGAAACAAUGCCAUCCUUGUCAAGCUUUGAUGAAAAUACCCCUUUAAAACAAACAGUAUUUAUGUUAAAAUGUAAUUGGUUUACUAUGGCUGUUUUUAAAUAAAUCAAUAAAUCUUUGGAAAAAGUC